AUGGCAGAAAUUAUUGAGAUCCCUCUUGAAUCGGAACCCCAAGAAAAAUGUGAAGCUCGUUGCAAAAAAUCCAUCAUAGGUAUAUUUCUAACACCAGAUCAGCAACUAGAUUCCUUCAACGCUCGACCAUAUCUGAUGGGUUUUAUAACACUACUUCGCGUAAGUGUAACCAAAAAAAAAAUCUCAAAAAUAAUCUGGUUUCCAGCUCAUCGAGAUCUUCUACCUCAUCUACAAGGGCAUCGAUUUAGGCGUUCAUAAGUGGGAUCCAAUUUAUUUCAUCGUCAUAACCGCUUAUUACACCAGUCAUUUUCUAACCCAUUUUCUGAUUGGUAUUCCUCUCGAAAUCGCUCACGGCACUCUAUUCAUGUUCAUUUUCUACAUCUCAACAAUGAUCUAUCCAUAUCUUGUUGGAAAAGUUCUCAACGAUAGUUUGGGUUUCGAAAGUUCGGAUCCCUCCACAUUCGCUAUAGUUGGCCUAUAUUUUUCAAACAUUGUUCGGGUAAGAUUAACCCCUGAAUUUCAAAAAGAAUUCCUUCCAGAAAUGGAGCUCAAUUUCUCACCGAUUCCUUCGAAUCGCCAUUCUCUUCAUAAUCGGAAUAUUUGCCGAAAUCGCCGUAUUUUCCUACAAAUCAUCAGCUGGUGGAUGGCGAUUUUUCCUAUUUCGUGUAACUUGUUCAACGGCCGGCGCGCUUCUAGGCUUCCUUUUCGGAUUUUAUUGGAUCUAUCGCAACAAGGUGGGGAACUCGAACUUUUUUUUUACAAAAAAAAAGAUUUUCAGAACGAGGAUAAGCCUGAGACAACUUGGCGAAACUAUUCACUUUCAUUGACUUAUUUGACAGCAUUUCUCCUAUUCGCAGAACUUUCAGGAAUUCAUCAAACAGCACAAGAAGCCUUUAAACCAAAAUAG